AUAAUGUUCAAAAAACCCAAGUCAAAGCUGACUCCAAGGGGUAGGGAGAAGUCACCUGAAGAUACAUCACAAACAACAUCUGGGAAUGGAGAGACCGUCGAAGAGUCGCCAAUAGCUCUCGCGUCUAGACUCAAGAACAAAGCCAAACGCACUAAGCCUAAAUCUACGCUUAGUUUCGGUGGUGACGAGGAGGCAGGAGAUGGGGAAGUCUUUCAAUUGAAGAAAUCGAGUCUUAGUCAAAAGUUGUCCCUGAGCGCUCAUCCUGCGAAUGUGUUGCCUGUCUCGCUUGACCAAGCCACUAUCACUCCCCAUUCUAAUGGGGCACCCGUAUAUGACCAGGCGUACCUCUCACAGCUGAAAGCAAGCACGCCUUCGUCGCGACGUGCCACAGUCGCUGAAGGUUAUGACGCAGACGUUUCGAUGGAUCCGGGUGAAACUAGUAUAGAGGUCACUGAGAUCGCUGACGAUGUUGACACAGUGAUUCCUUCGGAAUCGUCUAUACUAUCAGCUAAACAAAAACGAGAACGUAUGCGGACUCAUGGUACAGAAGAUGAUUUUAUAUCUCUUUCUGUCACGAAACGUGAUACCGUACCGCAGGGUCCACAUCCAGAAAGUCGAUUGAUGCGUGAAGAGGAUGAGCUUGGAGAAGGAGACGACGAGUACGCGGAGUAUACCAGCGCUCAAGAGCGCAUUGCACUUGGCAAGAAGUCGAAAAAAAUUGAAGCUUCGAAGCGCAAGGAUGCUAUGCAAGAGAUGAUCGCAGAUGCCGAUGAGGAAGACGAGGAGACCAUGGAGUGGGAAAGGGAACAGUUACGGAGAGGUGGUCCAUUCCCAACUUCUCAUGAGGUAUCUCCCGCAAGACAGGUCUACAAGCCUGCCGCAAUUCCUACAUCGACUGCGAUACCAUCUCUUGGACCGGCAAUGGACCGCCUGUCUCAGUCUUUGACCGCGAUGACUACGUCGCACACAACAAAUGUGAAGGCAGCAUCAUCAUUGGUCGAUGAACGAGAACAAUUGGAUGUCCGUGAAUCAGAGCUACGCGAGAUGAUUGCCAAAGCUGAAGCAAAAAGGUCGUGGUUCGCUGCAUUCAAGGAAUGGGUCGAAAGUGUGGCCACAUUUCUCGAUGAGAAGUUUCCGAAGCUGGAGAAGCUUGAGGAUGAAUUUGUUUCAAUACUCAAAGAACGCUCUGGAAUGAUUGCUCAGCGACGCCAAGCGGAUAACCAAGAUGAUCUAUCUUUGAUUUUCGGUUCUCUUUUGGCGGCCACAGAUCAAUCUGAAGAGGUGGAUGAUUUAGGACGCGUUCUACCUCGAGCAAACCCUGUUACUGUACGCCGUGAGCGAAGGGCCGCGCGAAUAGCCCGUCGACUUCAUCGUGGGCGUGGACGUGCAGCCAGGGCCAUCAUAACGCAACUGGACCGAGAGGAGGGCUACUCAACGGACUCCUCUUUACCCCCAUCAGACGCCAUAGAUUAUCAAAGUGCUAUGGAAAGAAUAGCCAAUGAUGGGCAUAGUUUGUUAUCUGAUGUGCAUGCAGCAGAGUUCAGAGAUCCGAGUUUGGGGUUGGCUAAGUGGUUUGGUGGAUGGCGUAGACGCUUUAGUGAUAGCUAUACUGGUGCAUGGGGUGGGCUUGGACUCGUCGGUGCUUGGGAGUUCUGGGUGCGGCUAGACCUUCUUGGAUGGAACCCCUUUGAGAAUUCGCACACCUUGGAUGAAUUUUCGUGGUGUGCUUCACUACACGAGUACUGUGGAGAUAAUGAUGAUCCAGGGUCGGAUACAGGCCCGAAUGAUGACUUGGUUUCCGCUAUGAUUUCCACAGCAGUCGUGCCCCUCAUCUGCAAGGUAGUCGAGGCAGGCGCGCUUGACUCGUACUCGGCAUUGGAUACCCGCAAUAUGAUAAACUUGGCAGAACAAGUGGAAGCUUCCAUCGGACACGACAACCCCAAAUUCCAGAUGAUAUUAAAAUCGGUGUUUUCCGUUUUCGAACGCUCUGUAUCAGCAUCGGAGUCCCUGAUAGCUCCCUUUGUUGCACUCAACUGCCCCGUUUUCGAUCCAGAUGCCAUUGCCGCCCGUCGGCGUCUACUUUGCCACGCGUCAAAGUUUUUGGAUACCCUCAUUCAAUGGCGCAAGUAUACUGGCGGAAAGUUGGCCAUUGACGAUCUUUGCAUCCGACAUAUGAACAAUGUAGUUUUACCAAUUGCCGAAAGCGGAUGGGAGGUUGGAGGAGAGGAAAUAACUCGAGAGGUAAUUGACGGGAAUGUCGGAUAUUUGCGUGGCUAACUCUACAUCUUCUAGAUGAUUGCCAUAAUGCCAUACGAAGUAAUACGCGCACUGAAAGCGCCAUUAAAUUCUUUGGCGUCUUGAGUUGACAGUUUGUUCUUAUGGUGAUAUUCAAGCGGGGUAUGUAAUUGCCUCAAGUUAUCCCUUUGUUUCUCUCCGAGUAGUCCCCGUUGUAUGGCGAGGAUAGUGCAGGGUACCUCCCACGUAAUCACACUAUCACCGCUCGGCGCUCGGAAGACCAAUAUGAAGCCAAAUGACUGUCGUGCAAAGCCUCUGCGGCUUCUAUACGCAUGAACGGUUCGUUCCGCUGUCAGACACUUGCGCCGUUGUAGCAUUUCCCACUGUCAUGCGCCUCCAUGAUCGCGCCAUUGUUUUUGUCCCAUAUCACAUUUCUAGACGCUGACUGCAGAUCUGCCACAGAUUCGACAGAAUGAAUAUUUUUUCUGCUUGAUACG